ACGCCCACUUUUCCUGCAAAACAUGGCAGCUGAACUGGAAGAGAUGGAGAUGGAGAUGGUAGCAGGUGUAGCAGAAGGUCCCGAGGAAGAGAUAGCGGACGGAUUUAAUCCUGCAACUCCAGGGAUAUACGGGUGGAAGAAACGGUGCCUCUACUUUUCCCUGCUGCUGAUGUUGGUGCUAAUCCUAGUUAAUCUCGGACUCACUCUCUGGAUCGUUUUCGUUCUCGACUUCAACGUGGUUGGAGGUCCUCUGGGGCUAACAGUGGAGGCAGGGGUACAGACCAGCUCAGUGAGAGCGCUGCCAGGGAGAGAUCUCACUCUCGAGGCCAGGGGAGGGAGACUCGAGAUGGUGGGAGGCGACGGAGGGCUGAAAAUUGAGGGGGGCUUCACUGGGGGGAGUGAGGGGGUCGAAAUUUCGUCUAAUGCUGAUAUGAGUUUAGCCUCCAGUACUGGCUCUAUUGUGCUGUCUUCGUCUUCCAUUUUGCUGAACAACCUCCCCAUCACUGACACUUCCACCAGCGACACAGUGAUGGAAGUGUGUGCAUGCAGCUCGGGGAAACUCUAUUUAGCGCCCGCUCUAUCACCCCAAGGUUGUCAGGACGACAAUGGCAUCUGCAGCUCAUAAUCUUAUGGCAGAGAACCGGACUAUAUUAACUAUGAUGAUCUGCAGCUUUACAAUGUGGCACAUAAAGACACACUGUUUAUAAUGGCAUCACGCAGAUUAUGUGGAAGCUUCAGUCAAUGAUAAUAGUCAAAAAGUUCAUUCCAACCGUUGUUUCUUGGCAGCAGAUCUGAGUAAAAUGUGACACAACAGAGCAGAAUUAAAUUGACAGAGCAUUGAUUGUAUUAUGCACGACUUACUCAGCAGAUGGCUUGUUCUUUCUCUUGUCGAUUAUCUGAAUAGAUGCACACAUAAUAAUGUACAUGAAAUCUAAAUCACCGGCAGUCUCUAGUCUCUAAGUUUUUUAGCUGGUGCAACAAAAGCUGACCAACUAUUUCUAGUUAUUAUACAGGUUGAGUGAAAGAAUUUUGGUGCAUAUAUACUUUGGGAGAAUCUGGACAAUGAGUGCUGGAUAGAAAUGACACAGCCUCAUAAGAGGCAAAGUGAAGAAAAGCCCUCCCUCCUGAGUAUAAUAGUCUCCAGUAGGUAUGUGUACACAUUUACGUACCUGAGAGAUUUGCUG